AUGACGCAAGUCACGAGCGUGACGGAAACGACGCGACAAUUCUGUCAGUCGCCUCUUGCUCUUGUCUCCUUCACUACGAACGAUAUGGUCAGACGAGCCCUUGAGGAUAUUUAUAGGAAUGAGGAUACUCGCGGUGAUCCUGACUAUGCGGAGUCUAGCACAACGCGCAAGGUGAAGCGUGCUAAGACGUCCCGCGCCGUCAGCAAAGCAACGACCACAACGCGGGGGAGAAGAAAGCUGAGCGCGUUGCUCGAACUCCCCCUGGACGUAGUAUAUGAGAUUUUCAGCCAUCUCCAUCCUGCCCAUUUACUCAACGUCUCGAGGACCAACAAGGCGCUCCGCGCGAUGCUCAUGUGCAGAAACGCGCGUUCGGUCUGGAAGGCCAGCUUCGAAAAUGCCUCAGAUAUUCCUCCAGUCCCGGACGAUCUCAAUGAGCCGCAGUAUGCGCGGCUUCUGUUCGACAAGUCCUGCAUGGAAUGCCUCGCCCCAAAUGUGUCGACUGUCGCUUGGGGCGCACGCUGGCGGUGCUGCAAGAAAUGCUUCGAGUACGACUUCUGGCCGGAGGACAAGAUCUACGGUCUCGUAGAACUGGAGCCCUACGAUAGAGACCUCAAAGACGUAGUCCCAGGGUCAUUGCUGAAAGAUAAAUCCGGCGAAAUGGAUAUGUUUUAUAAGAUCAAGCACGUAUUGGCGUUCUUGCACGAAGCAAAGAGCUACUGGGGCGACCCGGAGAGGGCGAAGGUGUGGGUGGAAGAGAAGGUCGCGGAGAGUAGGAAGCAGGAGGAACACGGCUUCUUGCUUCAAGAGUGGGACAACAUGCGGCAAGAAGCUCGUGCUCGUGAGUUGGACGAAAUUCGCCACAAUCGACAGGAGGCUAUUUUCGAGAGGCUGAAAGCGUUAGGCUGGGGAGAGGAAGUGGAAAAGUCGCGCUUCAGACUCGUCGAAAACUCAAACGUAAGCAAGGCGCAGCCGCUGACGGACUAUGGCUGGUCAAAGAUCAAGGACAACGUUCUCAGCUACAUCGCGUCCCUGCGCGAGGAGCGCUUGAUGAACGAGAAGUCCAGAAGGUACAAAGCCUUCUCGGACGCCUACGAUGCCUUCCUCCUCGCCCAACCGCCCGGGUCCGUCUUCCCCCCGGUCGGCAGCCUCGUCGACCUCGACCACGUCCGCCGCGCCAUCUACGACACCCCCGUCGAGGACGACCUCCCCGACGAAGCCAUCCGCCACCUCGUCGACGCCAUCCCCAUCUCGUGGUUUGACACCUGGCGCGCCAACGCCGAGAAGCAGCUCCGCGACAAGAUGGUCGAGAAAAUGGGCGACAAAGCGCCGACCAACCUCGCCCUCGCCUCCGUGGUCUUCACCCACACGCCCGCCUGGGCGACGGACGCCUCGCAGGUGCGCCUCGUGCGGUACCCGGAGGUUCUGACGGACCCGGCGAUUACGGACGAGUUUGAUCGGGAGGCGAGCGAGACGCGCAAGCGCACGGGAUACAUGCCGUGGUCGGCGGCGGGGCUCGACUUCAGCGAGGCGAUCCACGGGCGCGCGAAGUUCUUCAUAGAGCUCGCGGGGCUCGAUCCUGACACUGCGACGCACGAGGAUAUGGCGCUGGCUGAUCCCUGGUUCUCGUACCAUACCCCGGACGGAGCUGUCUCGUAUCUGUCUGGGUGGCCGCAUGUGUUGCGCGACGGUAUGCAAUGCGCUCAUUUCAGCGGCAUCUCAGAGGACAUAGCCGCGACGUUCCGCUUCGCCGUCAACAGCUUGCUGUGGAUGCCGAGGUUCAACGAGCACCUGGCGCGCUGCACGCGCUGCGGGACAUCGUUCAGGAAAAGCUCUGCACUGUACGCGCAUCUACUAGACGAGUGAGCAUCGGG